GCAUUUUAUCGGUUUUUUAAUACAUAAGCCAACAAUAAAGUGGAAAUUAAUUUGUCACAAUGAUUUGGCUGAUCGAACUGGGAAUGAACCGAAUUGCAAAUGGUAAACGUGGUUUUUCUGGUGGCUGUGAUGGUGAUGCUCGGAGUGCCAUUGGUGCAAAAGGAAGAAGACAUGAGGAAAAACUUGGAACCUGAUGUUAGGAACGAACAGUCCUCGACAGUCGGUUUCGACUCAAUUCUAGAAUCCUUCUGGCCUGCUGACGAGAAAGAAACUACAGGCUACCUAAAAUCCACCAUCAAGCGAACAAAGAAGUAUAUGUGCUAUGUGAAUGAGGCCGUAAAUCAGAACAUGGACUGCGCGCUUCAGUGUCUUAAAUACUUGUAUGCAUGUGAAAAUAUAUAAAUUUAAUUU